UUCGAUGUUGUUAUCCGGUGGAUGUUAUUCAUAUGAUUGACCAUGCUUAAACAUGACGGAAGUAGUUAAUGAAUGAAAUAAAAGUGAUAGUUGGAAAAUAACUAGACCAUAGAGCAACUCCUGUGAACGCAUGGCAAAAACUAAUGUUAUGAGUUAUGACUCAUGUGUAUAAAGUUAAACCCUGAUUUCGAAUUGGACCCAAAACUAAAAUGCUGUUUUGGACAAAGAAGAGAAAACGGCAUCAGUUUGUACCGCUUCAUUGUAUUUUGGUUUGGAAAAUAAGGUUGUCCAAAGCUAUGUUUUAGAGCAUCUCUAACACAUUACUAUUUUCACUUUUAUAAUACUAGCAUUUAGAGGUGAAAUUGCUCCAAUCUACCUCUAUUUCUUCCUCUAUAAUAGAAAUUUCUAUUUUUUCCUCUAUUUAUAAAGGAAGAAAUAGCAUUUCUCUAUUUUUUACUCUAUAUUUUAGAGAUUGAUAUUUUAAGGGAAUACAUUGGAGCAUAUUUCAUCUAUAUUAUAGAGUUCCCCUAUUUUAGAGGUGAAAAUAACAAAAUACAUUGGAGAUGGUCUUAGGCUUUUAGCCCCUCUCCCCUCUCCCCUCGGGCCUCCCCUAAUAUUAUAUCUUCUCUUCGCAGAAUUAAGUGUGUAUACAUGAACGGUUUUAAAAUUUAUAGGACAAAACUAUUACAGUUUCAAAGCCAAAUAUUUCAUAUAUGUUAUUGGAUGAUUUGAAAGUCAGAUAAUUGAUAAAAUAUUAAUCCUUUUUUGUCAAAAAAUAUUUUAAAAUUUGAAGGCUAAUGCGCGUGAAUAUUUUAUUUUGUUUGUUUUCAUGGCCGCCGGCUCAGUGUGUACAUAGAUAAUCGAGGUUUCUCAUGAUACAAGAAAAAAAUGUAGAACACCAUUUAAUUCAGUUGAAACAUGUAACAUUGAAGAUUCAAAAAAGGUCCAUUUUCAUGGGAAAAAAAGCUCGCAAGAAAGCAUUUAACAAGAGAAGACCAAGGAGAAGACGAUGUCCUAGGAAUCGAUGUUCAAUGUCAAAAUGUAAUAAAUUGGUAUAUAUAGAUGUGUUGGAAACUAUUUGGAAAUGUGAUGUAUUAUGUGACCUAUAUAUAACAUCAUUUGUCGUUUAUUGACCAAAAACCAAAACGACAAGUGUUCACUUUGUACGUCGCUUUCAGUCUAAUAAACUAUCGGUUAACUUAGCUGUUCAUGUACUAAUUAUCUGAUUUAAUUAAUCACAUACAAUUAAGCAUAAGAAUCAUGUGGCUUCUUCUUAUCCUCUAAAUGCAAUGUACAGCACAUGUGGGAUUAAUAAUAAUAACCCAUGAAAGUCAAAUAAACCAUUAAACUAAUUCUAGAAAGAAGAAGAAGAAGACAACCAAAACAAUUAGGAAACCUAUGAACCAAACAGACACUUCAUCGUUUAAUUUUGUAAACCGGUUCAAAGUCGGUCGUGUAAGCCAUCUAAAAUUUAUGGCAUAAAUGACUUCUCCGGUUUUCCGUCAACACUAUAUAAUGACAUUUAAGGUCUUUCUCCGGUUUAGCUCAGCUUUGACCAAAACCCCCUCCGUGACGUCAUCAACGCUGACAGUUUCAAUUGUUCUCUUCUGUUCUGAUUCUCACUUUCUGAGAAAUUUCAGACACAACAGAACAUAUAAAACCAAAACAACCUCUGUCUCGCCUCUCUAUGUGAAUAAAUGGAAAAGGCAUCCGACAACAACAACAACUCCAAGAAACUCUCGAAGAUGCUUCAAAAAGCGUUAUCAAUUGGUCACAGUGCGGCGCCGUUUAGUCCGGUAAGAGAUUUCCGUCACCACCGUACGAUUUCUACGGCGAGCAGAGGAUACUUCUUCUCCAGUCCGAUAACACCGUUGCUUCCAACGUCGGCUAGAGCUAGGAGAAGAACCAAGAGCAACGGCGUCGUCGUCGCCGAACCCACUUCGCCUAAAGUCUCCUGCAUCGGUCAGAUCAAACUCGCGAAGUCGAAAUGUCCGGAGAUGAAAAACAGAGAACCUAACACUAAGACUCUCGAAACGUCGUCGUCUUCUCUUGUUAAAGAGGAAGGCAAAGGAAACUGGUCGAUACUAAAACGUCUCUUUUCAACGGGGAGGAAUCCUUUGAAAAAAUCCAGCGCCACGGCCUCUGCCGCCGUCAUCGAACAUCCCGUCGUGGCGGUGGAAGCAGUUACGGCGCCUUCGCUGGGUACGAUGAAGAGGUUCGCGACCAGCAGGGAAUCUCUUGGUGGGUUCGAUUGGAGGGUCGAGAUGAAACGUCAAGAAGAGGAAUCUCGACCGGAUCAUUACACUCCCGAUGACGAAGAGACGACGAUUCCAUUCUCUGUAAGUAUGCCUCUGACUCAGCGAGAGGGUUUGUGUUUGUAUCCAAGACAGAAGAGUGAAGUUAAUUUGUGGGAGAGGAGAACCGUGGAUCGACCAAAACCACUUCAAGUUAAAGCUACUUAUUAAUUUGUCUUCGUUACUUUUCUAUGUAUACUUGUUUUUUUUUUUUGGUCUCUGAACUUGGUUUCUAGUUUUCUACGUAUUAGGUCUGGAUUUUUGUGGAUAUAUUCAUCAAAAUAAUUAUACUUGUGAAUAGAUCAAAACUUUUUUUUAUUUUCGAUCUAAACUUAUACAUCUAUAUCGAGUUUAAGAAGCGAAACAUCGGCCUGUGUAUUGCUUUAAGUACUUGUUAUUGAAUUACAACCAAGUUUUUUCAUGUUUAAAAAAAAACAAGUUUUUUCAUUGAACUGGACUCUAGGUUUGCUAGCAAGAGGAAUAAACUCCUUAGAUAUCGAAAACGAUCACUAGAUACCAUAUUCUACUAACGCUUUGGAUUGGAUCAUACGCUAUACUAGAACACCCGGCACACAAAAAAAACCCCCGAACCUUCUCAAUAUAGAGGCUAUGGCUAUGGAUGAAAAUCUUCUCUUAUGAGUUCUCAGCUCACUUGGAAAAACGGAGGCAAGAAAGAUGACUAAGAGAACAACAACAACAUAAAUGUAUGAUACGUUGGGGAAACGUAAAUGUUUUUUUUUCUGCUACAAGAUGGACACAACCAUUGGCAUAAGGAAUCUUCUUAUGGUCUCUCGCAGUGCCCUGAGAUUUUGGGAAUCUUAUAUGAUUUAGUAAAGAUUUUAAUAAUUUUGGGGCCUAAAUUUUUUUUUUUAUAAAUUUUGGAGUCUAUCUAUAUAUAAUUUUUUUGGCCUAAGACGAAUGUUUAGUUAGGCUUCGUCCAGGACCAGCCCUGCUUGCAAUUCAUCCGUAUACUGAGUAUACACUUGAAGCCUUUCCCAGUCAAAUGGUUUUGAUUACUGCCUUUUGUAUUGGAUAAGCUUCACUAUUACUUGUGGAACAAGUUAUUCAUAAAGGAAUUUGGAUAACUAAUAUAAUUAGGAUUAGGAUAAAUGAGUUUCCUAUAUCAAUAUGUAAUAGGAUAGAAAAGAAUUUCUAUUGACUAUAUAAAUAGAUCAUCAUGCAUGUGUGAUGAAUCCAUAAAGAAGAUAAUAAGCUUGUGUUUAGUUUUGCGUUAAGUUUCUAAACAUAAUAAAAGGAAGGACUCUUUUAUACAAGCUGUUCGAUAUUGUUCUUGGCUACUUUACCUUGAAGAAUACAGGUGAAUCACGCUCAAACACCGUCUGUUCAAAAGCCAAGAUUAUCCAAGCUCGAAGUAGUGAUCUUUAUCUGAGCAAAAGGUUUUAUGAGAAAGUAGGGAUGUUACUUAAUAUUUCAACAUAAAUCUACUCUUUAACUAAAUCAAAAUAACUUUGUGAAUAUUGAAUGUUUAUAAUAUGAACAUGUAAAAAGAGUUUCUACAGAGUAUCUUGAAAUAUGUCAAAUGAGUAACCCUUAUCAGCAUCUCUCUUAUUUUUGCCAUUUUUGAAUUUUUCACUCAUGAGGUAUCUUGCAUACAUAUGCUUGGGAAUGGUAAUCAAGGACUUGGACCGCGAACCUGACCUGUAAAGAUUUGCUGUGGGGCGAAAUUUGCCCUACUAUUUGUAAGUCCGCAAAAUUGCGGGCGAUGGGCUCAAAAAAGGACGAGCCGAAAGCAGGGUAGUUUACAAGUUAACCUGCGGGAUUUUGAAGACCCGCAACCCUCAGUCCCCAUUUUUUAUUUUACCUAAAAUAAUGAGAGAGAGAGAGAGAGAGAAGGUGAUUCAACGUUAUGGAGUUCCGAUGAUGGUGGUUUCAGGGUCGAUGAUGCUUCCGGUCUCCCAAGCACCUUCGAUCUGCACCGAUGAAGCUUCUUCGAGCCAUUAUAAGAAGUUUGAAAACUCACUUUCCAUCGAAAAAGAAGAUCUAGUUCCCGCCAUGGAUUCUUUAUAGUUUUGCCUAUAUGUAUUUGUUCACAUUAUCAUACAUUUUGGAGUUUUACAUUUCAGUACAUAUUUAACUAACUUCUAUUAUUCUUUUUUGCAGAAGAUGAAGUUGAUGGUGAUAAAGAGAAAUCCCCAUCUUUUUGUCGCUUGUUGGUGAUAAAGUUGAAGAUAAGAAGUGUGAUUUAGUGUUUUCUUUUUAUUUACUUUUGGGAUUAUCAUCUUUGAUUUGGUGUUUGGUUUUAUUUAAUUUUGGAUUCAGAAAACUAAAACGUUAUGAGUUAUAAUAUUUGGAUUGAACAACUAAAGCAUUGUUUAUUUUCAAUAUGUUUGGAGUGUAACAAAAGUAACUAAACUAGUGUUUUGAUCCAACUAAAAUCUUCAACUAACAAGUGUAUUGUCUUUUCAAGUUCAAUCCUCGACUAGACUCACUUACUGAUGCGUCAUGAAGCUGUUAAAGUUUUAUGAAUUAUGUCUUGAAAUAUCCAAGAAUCAUAUGUUUGUUUGUAAUUUUAUGUUCCGCAUGCCGAUCCGUAAAAGCUUACAUGUUUUGCAGUACGAAUUUAGUAAGCCAUUUUAAGGAUCACAACUUGUGUAGACCUGACCUGCCGCAAUCUACUCGAAGACGAAUCCGCUACGGUACGAGACGGGACAGGUUUGACAUUCCUACGUAUGCUCUUAGGCUUUCAUAAAUUAAAAAACAAACUACAAAUAUUACAAAUGGCCCAUCAGCCCAAGACACUAAUGUUUGUUCUCGAUACCAACAUAUAAACUUAAGCAAACGUAUUAAAAAACACUUCAAGAGUACAAGAGUUAACUGGAGGAAAAGGUGGGACCCGAUAGAUACUUAGAUAAGAAGAUAGUGACACGACGAUCUAUAUCUACAUUACAUAUCCCUCAUGUCCUUUUCGACGUGAAUCAUCACGAUCUGGAACUGGAAUAUGUUUUUGUAUAUAAAAAUAUAUAUUUCAGAGACACGAUAUCACUUGGCCAUAAUCGAGCAAAAACAAAAGGGAAAUGUCUUUUGUUAGAUAUAUUUUCCUGGAUCUAAGCACAACUCAGAAAGAAUCACGUGAAUUAUAUUAUUUUAUUAAGGAAAAAUAAACCGUAUCGACAAUUGAAAUUAUAAUGUUCAUAGCAUCCGACCACGCGCGUCUCCACUCUUCCCAGUUACUUCCCAACAACACUAAUGCCUUUGCGACAAACUGAAAACCAAUAUACCUUUUUUUUUUUUUUUUUUUUUGACUCAUCAACAACUUUCAUUAACCAAAGUGAAUACGGAAUUACAACCACACGAUUUUAACCCGACAUACAACGACGAGAUCUAGUAACACCUAAGAUCACUAAGAUGGAUCCUACGCUACCUAAUCGGAACGUCGUUGUAUUUUUCACCACAAUGAAUCGAGUUCAUCCCACAACUCGAGAUGAACCGACUCUUAACCACUAAACUAGACCACUAGAUUAGACCACGGUAACCGCAAACAACAAUGAACCAAGUAGAACCAAAGCCUCAUCUGAGUAUCAAUUCAAGCACAGACUAAUAAUCUCUAAUGAUAAGCAUUCAGCCCAUGAUCAAUAGUACCAACACCAAGGCGCAUAUCAGAUCAGUCCUGGACCACACCGGAGAUCGUUGCCACGGUUCAUAGCCAAAAACCGGUCAUAAAGACCGGACUGAAAGUCGGACCUUGACGGCAGCUGCGGGUUUGGUGUACCUAAUAGUGGCUUGAAGAAGCGCGGAGCUUGUACCACCGGAGCGAAAUACCUCCGACCCCGGCGCUGGGAUGUCAAGCUACGCCACACGUUUCCGACCAAGCCCACCACUCCGGUUGACAACUCCUUCAUAGUGAAGCUCGACGCGCGUAAUCCCCGAGAACCGGAGACCAAACUUCUGAUCACCACCCUUCGUAAAAUCUCCUCCAGCCAAACACCACCGCUCUGGGAAGUGGAUCUAUGGCAGAUGAGGCGUCUCACCGUAGCCACGCGCCGCCGCCGUGAAGAUUGCCCGGAGAUCUGAAAAUGAGAAAACCAGAUCCGGUUGUCUUCAGUCCUAAAAGCCGACUCCUCUCUUCACCGCCACACCUUGGGUCUCGCCGUCUCUCCACGAGGUCUCGGGAACCGCCUCCGUCGAACAACAUCGUCUUCGGAGUUUCUCGAUCUUGCAGAGAAGAUUGCAUAUCAACUAAGGGGAGACGAGAAGAAGAGGAGCAAAGAA